ACAGAGGAAGAAUUCAACAAAUUGACUUGCUUUAAAACUAAAAUAAAAUAAUAUCACAAUAAAAAUUGGAAAAAGGAAUUACGUAAUAUUUGCAACAACAUGAUGUAUUAAUGAUGAUGAUAGAUCAAAGAGUAACAUUGAAAUCUGUUUGACAGCAGCAGCAGCAAGGAAGCAAACGAAAUAGCAGCCAGCGACAACUCGCAGCAAUUGAGGGCCCUGAAAGCUCCAAGACUCAGGCAUGCAUUUUCCUUCCCUUCUUCUAAUUUCCACUCUGUUUUCUUCUUAGUUACGUUGAAACGACAUUGAUGGUCUCCCAACCUUUUCCCCUCUUCGUUCAACUCGUUAACUUGGUUCCAACUCGAUCGGUAGGGAUUAGGGUGCUAACAAUUAGAAAGCGGCCUCAAAGCAUCGUACGAAACUUCAUUUCCGCUUUAAGGAAAUCCCAUGAAUACCAAAUGGAAAAGACAAACUCUUGAUGAGCUCCGGUCGGAAAAAUUUCUCUCUCGUGGGAGAGUCGAAUAAUCCAGCCUCGUUGGGAGAAGGCUUCUCAACUGGAACACUAAAAUUCGCCAUGUCGAUUUGAUCGGGUCCUAAAUUGGAGGAUGCACAAAGUUGUAAGGUCUACUUGUCAAGGUCUAAACUGUUAGGCCAGUUAAAGACGAGCGAUGAUCCCUCUAAAUUUCGCACGAGAGCGCGAUCGAACAUUUUCUGCAGAUUAUAUCUCGCACCCGCUGCUCCCUGUCGAACUAAUGGUAUAAAUGACCUAUCUGAAUUAAUAAACUAUCAACCAACCGUGUAUCUGAGUUUAAUAAUCCUGGCAUCCACAGUAUUAAUUUUGACCACUGUAACUGAAAAUUGAAAACCAUGCAAAGGUAUAAUAAAAAAAAAGCACUUAAAUAAACAAAAUCCUGUUUGUUUGUUUGCCUUGUGAUUUUAUUUAUUUCAUUUUCCGCAACCAACCAUUGACCUGAUUUUUUUUUUGUCAAAAAAGACCAGAUUUUAUUUUUAUCAGUUAUCACCAACAAUCUAGAGUUGAAUUGCAACUUGGAUUUUCAACUUUCCUUCUUUUUACACUUUUAAUUAAUCAAUUCUCAAGAAGAAAAGGAAAAUACUCAUAAUUAUUUUCCAAAAUAAGAGAGUCAUGCAUAGUCUAGUACUUAUCUUAUCAAACCCUUGUUUUAUUAAAAGUCAGAAAAUCUAAUGUUACCCAAGUUUCAGAUUCAAUGCUCUCGUAUCUGUAUGUGUUUGUCUAAAAAAAUACCUUAAUUUUUAUCAGUAAUAACGUGAAUAUCAAAAUCGAUAAAAUCGUGCAGGAUAAAAUUAUGAUUUUCUUUUUGUUUAAGUAAUUAUCAGAUUUGCUAGCUAGAUCAUUUUCAUUUAAUACGUCCACACAAAAAGCGUACCGUUUUUUUCCUCGAUAUAUCCGUCAAAGCCAAGACAUAUCACAAUGCAUUUAUGCGUGAAGGAAGUAAAUAAAAGGAAAGCAAAUCACCGUCCAAACUUCGAUUCGAUUAAUUAAUCUUACAAUGAAGCUGUUGCUUCACCCGCACGUGAUAGUUAUUAAACUAGAUACGGUAGUUGUGAGUUUACCUUGUUAAAACCAUCCGUACUCCUUUCCUCAAUCGAAAAAAGUUCGUUCGGAUCGAUACCCUUUUAAGUAAAAUCCAUGAUUUAUUUGUAAUUUUAGAUUAUCAGUUAAAUUUUAAUUUGAGUUCUAAAGUAUGGAUCUUGUUGUAUUAUAUUUUUGUCUCCGCUUAUUUGUUGUUCUUUUUCAGUUUUCUGUUUCUCUGUAGUUAUGGUGGCAUGAUUGUAAUUGCAUGGGACAAACGAGGUCAAAUGGUUGAUUGGUAACAUGGUGCUAUAAAAUGCCGGCUCGAUGCAGAUUUUUUUUUAUAUUCCUUUCUCUAGGCUAGUAGAAUUGAGUAGAGAAGUGGACCCUUCGACUUGCUCCAGAAUUUCAUUUGUGACUUCAAAGCAAAGGCUGAAAACCCCCAUAGCUGGGGCGUGUUCAAGUUCAGGACACAAAAGUGCAAACCUACUCCCCAGGUAUGUGAGAAAGUUUUGAGCUUGAGAAAGAUUACAACUUUCCAUCUCCUUUGAUGAAAUUGACUUAUGGGUUCUGCUUCUCUCUCUUUCAUUGCUGCUGUAAAGUGGGACGCGCUUUCUUUCUUUACCGUGCUUGACAAAUUUACGCUUUUGGAGUGGCCAUGAAAUUCUCAGUAGCUCUGAGAUUGUGGCUGUAGUAAAUCUUCUGUUUUCUUGGCAAAUUUGUUUUCCGGAGUUGGUUGAAGUGGUCGGUGGUGGCGAUUGCUGUAGUUUCUUUCUCACCAGGAACUGCUAGCUAUAUGUUACUGCAACUCUAACUUCCGUUCCUUUGCAAUCUUUUUAUGAGGGUGAGGUAAGAGACUACCUAUUUUAUUGGUUGGGUUUGGUUCGGAUGAUAAAUAUUAACAGGACGAUGAGGACAAAAUCAACACUAAAGAAGUGAACUUGUUGUACAUAAGAUCCAAUUGGGCUACCUUCUUGAUGGAGAAGAUGUUCUCCUGUCCUGAUUGGAUUGAAAAAGUGGCCGUGGAGGAGUGUUAUUUGGGAUGCAUCUCACCAAAUUUCCCCCUCACUUUUUGAUUUGGAAGUGGUUCCAAUUUGUGUAGAGGCCAUCAUAUGCUUUGAUUUUUCGGUUUGAAAAGCAUUGGUUUAGUUUGGUGUAGGAGUAUAUGGAAGCUAGUUUUGGCUUAAGGAACUGAUUUUGUUUGCAUCCUGGAUGUUGUGUGUUAGUUAAGGGAUGCAGGACUGAGUUGUAAGGUUCUUCAGACCCUUUGGAACCUUCCAGGUUAGGUGCAGGCAGUAUUGGUUGGUGGGUAGCAGUUAAUAUCAUCUUCUAUGUAUCUGCUGUUUCCUGGUAGUUGUCAUUUGAUAACUCUUCUAUCUUAUUUGUGUCCCUUUUCAAGGAUUCUUUCAUUUACAAUUGCAAGAUUCUUAAGCACGAUACAGAUCGUCUGGGAUUUUUGGAGUGAUAGCAACUACUCUCCCUUUUCAGUCCUUACCCUACCAAGUUACAAUGUGAAAACUUCGUCGUUAUUAUUGGCAUCACAUGCAUUUCCCAACUGGAAGAUUAAAUUGUGUGUGUGUGUGUAUGUUAUCUGUACAUGUAAAACUAACUAACGUUGGCUUGCUUUGCAGAUUACGGUUGCUAGGAUUAAGCCAAUUAGAAGUUUGUGGCAAUCUGAAUCCACAACAAGCAGUGUUAGUCAAGUGACUAGAAAGUAAACCAUCUACCUCUCUGUGCAUCCCAGCUGGUGUGUUUUAAAGCUCGUGAGUUUCAACUGUGGUGUUAGAUCGUCAAAACAACUGGAUACUACCAAUGCAAGCAUCUCAGGAGAACACAAUCACUGGUGGGUCUCGCUUGUUCUUUAACCAGCCUCUGAGAGAUAAGGAGUCAUAUUGCUGGUCCUGCAUCCAGAAUGUGCCUCACUAUCAAUGUUCGGCUGAUGUCAACAUCCAGGGCAUGCAUAUCUCAGCGGAUACUUUCGAGCAGCACUGCACUCUAGAAUCAUCUUCUGGAACUGGUGGGUCAUGUGCUGCUCGCAAUUCACAGUCUACUGCAACCAGUUUCUCCCCUAAUGAGAGCGGCGUUUCCCAACAGAACUCUCAAUCAUAUCCAUCUGAUGUUCAUGAUUCCCCUGACCAGACCAGUGGUUCACAAACAAGUGAGUCUUAUGUCACCCACAAGCUAAGGGAACUGGAAACCGCUAUGCUGGGCCCCGAUUUAGAUGUUUGUAACACAUUCAAUAAUGACAUAAUGCCAGCUGGAGCCAAUAACCAAACCUCAACCGAGUCAGAGAAGUGGAAGUUUCUGGGUGAAGUAAUAUCUAGAGGAGAUCUAAGGGAAGGCCUAUGCGCUUGUGCUCGGUUUCUUGAAGAUGGUGAUAUGUUCACAGUGGACUGGUUGAUUGGUGAGCUGCGUGCAAUGGUUUCGGUUUCUGGUGAGCCGAUUCAACGCUUGGGGGCCUAUGCUGUAGAAGGUCUUGUUGCAAGGUUGGCAUCCUCUGGAAGUGCCAUCUAUAAUGCCUUGAGAUGCAAGGAACCUGUACUACCUGCCAGCAUGGAGCUUCUCUCAUACAUGCACCUGCUCUACGAGAUAUGCCCAUACUUCAAGUUUGGGUACAUGUCAGCAAAUGGAGCAAUAGCCGAGGCAAUCAAGGAGGAAAAGAGAAUCCACAUCAUUGAUUUCCAAAUUUCACAGGGCACACAGUGGAUCACCUUAAUCAAGGCUCUUGCUGCACAACCUGGUGGGCCUCCACACAUUCGAAUUACUGGGAUUGAUGAUUCAACAUCUGCUUAUGCUCGAGGAGGGGGGCUCAAUAUAGUUGGAAAAAGGCUGACAAUGCUUGCACAGGAUUAUGAAGUGCCAUUCGAGUUCAAUGCUGUUUCUGGAGUACCGUCUUCUGAGAUUCAAGUCGAGAAUCUCAAGAUUCAACCGGGCGAAGCAAUUGCUGUCAACUUUGCAUUGACGCUCCACCACAUGCCGGAUGAAAGCGUGGGGACACAAAAUCAUCGUGACAGAUUACUGAGGAUGGUUAAAGGGUUGUCUCCUAAGGUGGUAACUCUUGUUGAGCAGGAAUCGAACACCAACACUGCACCAUUUUUUGCCCGGUUCGUGGAGACUCUAAACUACUACUCGGCUAUAUUUGAGUCGAUUGAUGUAGCUCUGCCAAGGGAGCACAAGGAGAGGAUUAAUGUUGAGCAGCAUUGCCUGGCUAGGGAGGUGGUUAACAUCAUAGCUUGUGAGGGAGCUGAAAGGGUUGAACGUCAUGAGCUUCUUGGGAAAUGGAGAUCACGGUUCACAAUGGCUGGGUUUAAACCAUAUCCUCUUAGUAGUCAUGUGAAUGGCACAAUCAAAGCUCUGCUGGGAGAAUACUCCGGCAAGUAUACGCUAGAGGAGAAAGAUGGAGCUCUUUAUCUUGGCUGGAUGGACCGCCACUUGGUUUCUUCUUGUGCUUGGAGGUGAUUGAUCAAUAAAACCUAACAAUGAGAACUAGUGCUAAUGUUGUUGAUAAUGUUUAGACGGGAACUCUUUGAGGUCGUGAAACAAACUAGAAAAUGUUUGUCUGAGGGCGCUUCAGAACUAAUCUUUGCUUGUAGCUCAUAAUGUAGUAGUCUUUCUGUUUGCAGUAUAAUUAUCCAGUAAAAGAACAUCCCCAUCUCUCUGGAAAUAUUCUCCCAACUGUCAUGUCUCUUUGCUUUUACUUUCUGUUCCAAACUUCAUUUGGAAUUUCAUCAUGAUUACUUUUUGCCCAAACUGUACUUGUUGGUUGAUGAGAUUUGGUUUAUUAUCGAAACUGUGAAUCAUCUUGUGGAUGCAAUCUCUAAGAGUGCCAUGUGAAUACUAUGACAAAGCAGGGGAGUACUGCACCAGGAUUUGGUGAUUCCAAGUUUGAGUUUGGAUCACUCUUGUGAAUAGUUCUUCCAUUAUUAUUAACUUUACUAACAUCUGUAUUAGUAUCCCCUGCAAUUUCCCUGCACAGUACCACAGCUCUCUCUUCAUCAGCUCCCACCAACACCACUUUCGAUAGACCGGACAAUGCUCAUCAGUCAGUUCAUCACUCCUUGUGCAGAGUCAAUUAGACGAAUACCACUGUUCUUCCUCUGGUGUUCCAUAUUGAAAUUUCACGGAAUCGCUCUGCAGAUUCCGCAGUUCUUGUUUCUGCAGAGCUCACUGACUUCAGCAGCAGCAGCAGAGGAGUAGUAUUGUUGAUUGCAGCAUGGCAUGAUGGUGCCGAAGAAUCUGAGAACCUCAUUCCCAACCCCACUUCUCCAUGGAUAUCUCUUGAGUUCCUAUGGCUCAAAUUGGCUUCGUUCAUUUUUUUGGUGUUAUCCAAUGAUCCAAUGAGUUUGAACUUCAAACUUUAAAGGCAGUUUUGGUUAAUGAAGAGUUAGAUUGAUU